AUGGCACGGACACGAUCAACGAAGCCCUCAGCAGCGGCGGCGGCGGAAGAUUCCCAAUCUUCAACAUCGAAAUCCUCAAUAACCCUCGUCCCACAUACCGGCGAACCCCCCAAGGUCUUCAUUCUCCCCUCCAAAGCGACGCCCGAAGCUCGCAUUGUCACGCUUCCCAACCCCCGGAGCUCUCAGCCCUCGCGAUAUCUCGUGUGUCCCGAAACCGGCAUCUACGAAUUCACAAAAGUAGCGGCGCCAAAGAAUGUACCGCGAAGCUGGCUUAUCGAAGCAGCCCCGGCCUCCAAUGACGCCCAGGUGACCAUGGGAUCAGACCUCUUCGUGGCAACCGCCAUGGAUCCCCUCUUCUUGGUCUUGCCCGCAUUGGCCGACGCAAAGGCAUCAAAAGGCCCGGGUGAACCGAAGCGACUGUUCUUGUCUAGUGAUGAUCACUUGGACAAGCUGCCGCAGGAGAGCUCGCACUUGUCCGAGAUUCUGCGCUGGGACACAACACGGCAAUUGAUAGAAAACCGGAUGGGCGCAGUCUGCGAUACGGUCGAGGCUGGAGAUGAGCGCAUGUUUCGGUUGAAUGAGAAAAAGCUCUUGGAUGUCGUUCUGCAAAAGGCCAAGAGGAUGAGCGAGAGUGGUCUGCCGCCAAGUAUGGAAGAAAAGUUUGUCAAGAAGGUUCUUGAAGCGCCCCUUUUGCACAGAGUGGUGCGGAUUGCGGACGCUCAAGUCAACAGCAGCACCGAUUCUGGAACCUCCACCCCUCAGCCCGAUUCAGCGACAUCCCAGUCUACAGCAUCAACCGCGGAGACUGAUGCUUCGUCAGUAUCUCAAACGAGCACGGCUGCGACGUCUGUUGCUGGAGAGCAAGCCGAGGAGGGCAUCGUUAGCGCUCUGGAAGCCUCACCAGAAAUCGUCAAGCAGCAAAGGUUAAAGACGGCCUUUGGGUUCAUCUGCGCAAGCUACGUGACCCCAGCCAUGGCGGAUAAUCUCCAGCGGAGCUUGGCAGGGACAGGCGGGCCGGUGGAUUUCUCUCUGUUGAAUGACUAUCUCGCGAGCCUGGAAAAGCUGCGAUCAGAAACCUUGGCGGUGAGGGCGCAGGACUAUUCUCGCAAACGAAACAUGGAUGAGGAAGAGGACGAGGCUCGGAUGGAGAAGAAGAGGAAGCUCGAAGAGGAGAAGAAGAAAAAGGCAAGCGAGAGCCGUGCAGUCCGAGAGCUGAAAAAGGUCAACACGAGCGGGAUGAAGAAGCUCAGUCACUUUUUCCAGAAAAAAUAG